AUGAUGGGCGAUGUGACUGCUGAAAGUCCUCCUGCUGAUGAUUUAAAUAACUCUGGUUCUUCUUCUUCUUCGUCGUCUGAUUCUGAUGGCGAAUCAAGUAGUUCUUGUACCAGUUCUUGUACUUCUUCCUGCUCUGAAACACAUAAAAACCAGUGCAAAGACUCUAGUUUUCCUAAUUGUGGUGAAGAUACCCCAGAAGAUACAGAUAUUCCACAAUCAAAUGGUCAGUCUGAAUGGAUGGUUUGUCAGCUUUGCCUGUACAAAGUGAAAACACCUUUACAAUUAAAACAACACAUGCGAAUGCACACUGAACAUAAAGUGCAUCGUUGUGCCAUAUGUAAUAAAACAUUUGAACAAGCUACUCGACUAGAAAAACAUAUAGCCAUACACUGUGGCGCAGACAAUCGUUUUGAAUGUUCACUUUGUGGCAAAGUGUAUAAACUUCGAACUCAAAUUGUCAGCCACAUAGCAGCUCACAAAAAACAAAAUGCUGGGCGUCGUAUAUCAUAUACAUGCCACAUUUGCACAAAAAAAUUUUCAAACAAGUCAAAACUGAAGGAACAUGUAUCAGGACAUGAAAACGGAACACUGCAUUCAUGUGAUGUUUGUGGCCGAACUUUUAAAUUAAAUUCAUAUCUUGUUGUCCACAAAAGAACACAUGAGAUGAAUGUGUCUUAUACAGGGGAUAAACCAUUCACCUGUUCACUGUGUAACAAGUCAUUUUUGAGCAAAAGCAACCUUGAUCUACACAUGUUGGUGCACAAUUACGUUAAAAAAGCAUCGUAUAGCUGUGACAUAUGUGGAAAAAUAUUUAUGCGAAAAUAUAACUAUGAUGCUCAUGUAAAAAUACAUGAAUAG